AUGCCUCAAGAUAAAAGACAAGGGGAAAUUGCCCUCGACAUGUGGGAAUCUCUAGGACUUGCGAUUCUCCAAACCAAGUUAACUGAUGCGCACGCGCUGGCGGCACAACGAGCUAAGAAAAUAAAGAGCUUGAAAAAGGCUGCCAAACUCUUAGUAGCUGGCCCAUCAAAGGAAACGGAGAGUGCGCCGUCGACAUUCGACCCGCCACAGGACUCAUCCAAAGAAACUUGGGAGGCUACCAUGAACAAUAUUGGCGCAACAAUCCAUCUCCUCGACGCCGAAGAAUUAUACCAGAAGGGAGACAUGAGAGGCCUCGUCGAGGUAGCACAAAAUGCCAUGACGUGCGCUGGGAAGCAGCUCAACAAGAAGCUUGUGGCCGAGGCUUGGAUCUGGCUUGGGACGGGGUACUGCAGCAGGGCUAAUUUGAAAAGUGGGGUGCAAGCAUUUAAUAUGGCACUCGAAGCUUUGAAAACUUUGAAAACUUUGAACCAGAAGGACAAGGAGGUUGAAAGCAUGAAGAAGCUGAUAGAGAUGUGGCAGAGUGAUAUCAAAGAACCUGAAGCCAAGUUUGCUGCACUGCUUCUUAAAAUUCAGACGAGAUAA